AUGAACACCCACAAAAAGGGCUUUUUCACACAAAGAAAAUGCAAGAUGACCACUUCGGUCUCAUCAUCACCUUCCGAUUAUUCAACAUGCACGAAAACAUUUCAAAGAAGCUACAGAAUCAGGCAACGAGGGAUUGUACCCAAAUUAACCAUCGAUGAAGUACUACUUGUGUUAUUAAAACGAAAAUAUCCGCAAAUGGUAUUAAAACAUGAUGCUUCAUUAUUGAAUUUUGACUCAAGUCAAGAAUUAUUGCAACAACCAAGUUCUUCCUCAAACAAGGAAAUUCUCAAUGCUCGUCACAUCAAAAUUAUCAAUGAAAAUGACAAAACUCUCGUUCAAAUACAAUACGAUUUUCAUUGUUUUAAUUGCAAGAAAAUUUGGAAUAAUUUAAAUUUAUUAUUGGAACAUUGGAUGUAUGAACACGUAAAUGAUUUUUGUGUUCUCAAUAUUGAUCGUACACUGCACGGAAAUAUUGUGGUUGAAGUGAACCUUACCAAAUCAUUUUCAUCGACACGAAAUAAUCAAAAAUUCUAUGACGUGCUAACCUUCAAGGAAUUGCCAUCCAAGAACAUUUUAACAUUUGCAGCUGUGAAUUUGUUUUACAAUUUUUCCUUUGAAGAUCAAAUUACACAGAACUACAAGUUGCAAAUGAAACGAUGGAUUGAAAAAACAGAAGAGAAUGUGAACAAGCAACAAAUUGAAACCAUUACAGAAAUUAACACAACGCCGAGGAAGGUUCAAACGUUCAACGACUUCAAACAUUUUAUCUCAACUCAUAAGCAAGAAUCACAUGUUUUCUGGAUGGAAUAUUUGACAUUCUUGAGAUCAAUUUAUGCUCACCAACACUUACUUUCUCUUACGGAAUUGGAAAAUCUAGAAAUACUGAUUUUUGAAAAAUUGCGUAGCAGACAAACGUCAGCUCCAAUUCAAUCUACAAGAAGCAUUGGAGAUUCAGAACUAGGAUCAUUGACAAGCAGGAAAACUAGCACCUCAAAACUCACGAAUAUUACAAGCUCAAACCAGAGCGGUGAAAAGAACUCGCAUCAUAAUGGCACAGUUGACGUCUCGUUAAAGUACUCACAAGAAGCCUUGUUGGAAAACAAACUAGAAUUCUUAUUGAACGAUGACGAUAUUUAUUCAGCUAGGCAAAGUAUCAAAGAUGCCUACCUUUUCAAGUCCUAUGAACGAGAUACAUCUAAAUUUGCCAGAAAAAUAUCACUUUCUCAACUUGGAGUUACAUUAGUUUUCGAAACCAAAGAAAGCUUUUACAACUUUUACAAUCGAUUCAAAACCUCUAGCACUGGGAGCAUGAGCAAUAUUGGUAUGGAAGAAAUUGAACCGUCAGAGCCGAAGCAUUCUGUUCUUGAGUCUGACUUACCAACAACAUUGGAGUGUUAG